GUGGAGCGUCCGUCCUUCUCAAUCGAGAGCCUGACGAGACACACUGCAGACUCAAAGAUGGACGGCUUCUCACCAAAGGAGUUGAAAGCCCAGCAGGAGCCCAUGCUGACCUGUGAGCUGUGCGGCAGGGUGGAUUUUGCCUACGUCUUCAAGCGCUCCAAGAGGUUCUGUUCUACAGUGUGCGCCAAACGCUACAACGUGGGAUGCACCAAGAGAAUGGGUCUCUUCCCAAACCGCAAAACCACCCUGGAGAACAUGAAGAAACAAAGAGCGCUGAACGGGAACCACAAAAACUGCAGUUUAGAGUCCAAAAAGAAGAAUCCUCCUCCUGCUGCUGCUGCUCCGUCCACCGGUCUCUCGGCCCACCCUGCGCAGGGCGAGUCCAGCCAAUGUUCAAACCUAACUGGCUACAAGACCCCCCCGUACCCCCAGUCCGCCACGCAGCCCCACAGCUUCCUGCCCAGUGACCCGGGCCAGUGGAACAUAGAGGAGGUCUACGGGUUCAUCUCCCUUCUGCCAGGUGGGCCCCGCCUAAACAUAAUGGGGAUCGAGUCGUCCUGCAGCCAGCUCCCAACGGCUGCUCAUUGGCUGCAGCUGUAG